AUGUGUAAACCCCAGCCCUCCCUCGCUAAGUGUAAACCCCAGCCCUCCCUCGCUAAGUGUAAACCCCAGCCCUACCUCGCUAUGUGUAAACCCCAGCCCUACCUCGCUAUGUGUAAAUCCCAGUCCUCCCUCGCUAAGUGUAAAUCCCAGCCCUACCUCGCUAAGUGUAAAUCCCAGCCCUCCCUUACUACGUGUAAAUCCCAGCACUCCCUCGCUAAGUGUAAAUCCCAGCCCUCCCUCGCUAAGUGUAAACCCCAGCCCUACCUCGCUAAGUGUAAACCCCAGCUCUCCCUCGCUAAGUGUAAACCCCAGCCCUCCCUCGCUAAGUGUAAACCCCAGCCCUCCCUCGCUAAGUGUAAACCCCAGCCCUCCCUCGCUAAGUGUAAAUCCCAGUCCUCCCUCGCUAAGUGUAAACCCCAGCCCUCCCUCGCUAAGUGUAAACCCCAGCCCUCCCUCGCUAAGUGUAAACCCCAGCCCUCCCUCGCUAAGUGUAAACCCCAGCCCUCCCUCGCUAAGUGUAAACCCCAGCCCUCCCUCGCUAAGUGUAAACCCCAGUCCUCCCUCGCUAAGUGUAAAUCCCAGUCCUCCCUCGCUAAGUGUAAAUCCCAGUCCUCCCUCGCUAAGUGUAAAUCCCAGUCCUCCCUCGCUAUGUGUAAAUCCCAGUCCUCCCUCGCUAAGUGUAAACCCCAGCCCUACUUCGCUAUGUGUAAACCCCAGCCCUACCUCGCUAAGUGUAAACCCCAGUCCUCCCUCGCUAAGUGUAAACCCCAGCUCUCCCUCGCUAAGUGUAAACCCCAGCCCUACCUCGCUAUGUGUAAAUCCCAGCCCUACCUCGCUACGUGUAAAUCCCAGCCCUCUCUGGCUAUGUGUAAAUCCCAGCCCUCCCUCGCUAUGUGCAAAUCCCAACCAUCUCUCGCUAAGUGUAAAUCCCAGCCCUCCCUUACUAACGUGUAA